AUGCAUUCAGUGGCACAAGUACCAAUACAACUGGGGCAAGCAACACUACGGCUUUGGCUCAAGAGCUUGAAUCUUCCUCGGCAGCCCCAAGCGUCCUGGCAUCGAGACAGACUUCGCGAGGAAUUUCAGGAGCUCCGACUUGCAAAAACACAUUUCUCUAGAUUGAGUGAAGCUUCAGACGUCAUUUUCUCAAUUACACGCGCUCAAUAUGACGGAUUUCCAUCUCGCCGGAUUCCUUCUCUCUCGGGGUACCGAAUCGUCCCAAUCUGUGCUUACAUGUUGGCCAAGUUCACCUCGCGAUGGUUCUUUUUCAAAGUAGCUGCUCUCAUGUGCAAGGAAGAACGCUGGAACUCGAUACAUGAAGUGGUGAACCCGAGCAAGGAUGAAAAGGUCGCUUCUGUGGCCUGUCGCCAUCAAAUGGACCCCGAAAUAUUCCAGCGAGUCAGCCGUGGCCUCCGACGUGUCUGGCCUCUUCUACCUUGA